AAAAAUCGAAAUUAGCUCUAAUGCAAGCUACCUAUUUAACCUCUCGUCUCUUUAAAUAGAAAAAGAGAUAAAAAGGUUAGUGUUCCAUAAAAGUUGCUUCUCCUAACAUUGCUGAUCUAUGGAUUCAGUGAAGAGAAGCUGUUUUCCUGGAGAUUUUGUAUUUGGCACAGCAUCUUCUGCUUACCAGACUGAAGGUGGUGCUUUUGAGGAUGGGAAAGGACCAAGUAUUUGGGAUACCUUCACUCACACACACCCAGAGAAAAUUAUAGAUGGCCACGAUGGAGAUGUAGCUGUUGAUUCAUAUCAUCGUUAUAAGGAAGAUGUGGCGAUUAUAAAACAAAUGGGUUUUAAUGCUUACAGAUUCUCAAUCGCUUGGUCGAGAAUUUUGCCAAAGGGAAAGCUUAGUGGGGGUGUGAACGAGAAAGGAAUCGAGUACUAUAACAAUGUGAUCAAUGAAGUUAUUGAAAAUGGUAUCCAACCCUUUGUCACACUUUUCCAUUGGGAUCUUCCCCAAUCUUUACAAGAUGAAUAUCACGGCUUCAUGAGUUAUCAAAUUAUAAAUGAUUUUCAAGAUUAUGCGGAGCUCUGCUUCAAGGAAUUCGGAGAUAGAGUGAAGCAUUGGAUAACCCUAAAUGAAUCAUACGUAUUCAUCAAUAGGAGUACUGUGAAAGACGAAUAUGCACCAUGCAAUCAUUGUUCCCAAUAUUCAUUUGAUUCACUUAGAGGAGACUCUGGGACUGAACCAUACAUUAUUGCGCAUAACCAACUUCUUGCUCAUACAACUAGCAUCGAGAUUUACAAGAGUGAUUUUCAGGCACAACAAAAAGGUGUAAUUGGAAUCACAUUGCUGGGAAAAUGGUAUGUCCCAUAUUCAGAUAGUGAAGCAGAUAAAACGGCAACAAGUCGGGCUCUAGAUUUUUCUCUUGGUUGGUUCUUGCAUCCACUAAUCUAUGGAGAUUAUCCUCCCAUUAUGAGAGAGAUUGUGAAGGAAAGAUUGCCGAAAUUCACAGAAGAAGAGGCUAUUCUGAUAAUAGAAUCCUUUGAUUUUAUUGGAAUAAAUUACUAUACAGUUAAAUAUGCAAAGGACAACUCCAAUGAAGCCAUUCCAAAGCCAAGCUAUUUGACUAAUUUAUGUGCUACUCUUACAAAUGAACGUGACGAAAUCCCAAUUGGUCAAAAGGUUGGAGCAUCAUCGUGGCUUGCAGCUUAUCCACAAGGAUUAAAAGAUAUAUUGAUAUAUAUAAAGAACAAUUACAAAAAUCCAAUUAUCUACCUCACAGAAAAUGGAUGUUUCGACUACGAUAGCCCUCAAAUGUACGAAUUAAUCAACGACGAGGAUAGAAUCAAAUACUACCACAAUCAUCUUUAUAAUGUUAAUGAAUCAAUCAAGGCUGGAGUAAGAGUAAAAGGAUAUUUUGCAUGGUCACUGCUGGACAAUUUUGAAUGGGCAAGUGGAUAUACCGAACGCUUUGGUCUCAUAUACGUUGAUUUCAAGAACAACUUGGAAAGAAUCCCGAAGGAUUCAGCAAAAUGGUUCCAUAAUUUCCUUAUCACUUAGAAGAUGAUUCACAAAUUAGCCUCAACUAUAUGUAUUUACUCCAUCAAGAGAAUAUUUAGUGAAUAACUCGAUGGUAAUCGAUAUAUAUA